AAUAUGUCUUGUGCAUUUCAAAAGCAACCACUUCUUACUAUGUAGCAGAAGAAGAAGCAAUCAAGUGUUGAGUACAAGGCAAGCAGAUGCAUCAACUAAAUGAUGGAAGCAGCAAGACUCGAACUCACAAAAUUGGUGCCAUCUUCUCCACUGCCUGUGGCAUCGUCAGAUCACCAAACAUGCCUUUUGGGUUCGGCAUUGCUGCUGCCGAUGACGAGAGCAAGACUCAACAAAUCACAAACCAUGUUGUGCUGCCAUGCCAACGACGACAUCCCAUUGCGGUUGCCUCUGCCAUCCUCACUAGCAAGUGGAAGAUCAGCUUAAAGAAGGUCAAGCUUAGGCUCAAAAGAACAAAGACGGCAACCAGCACCGAGGCUGUGGAGCUCUGCAAGAAGAGGAUACUCAUGGGAGACAAGUGCAGAACCUUGAAUCUAUCAGGUGUUCUUCAUUAUGAUAAGCAUGGAAUACUCCUACCUGAAGAUUGAUUUUCAUGUGUAUUUGAGAAUUCACCCAUCUAAUCAAUGAAUUUCUAAUUUCAACA